CCAUACCUUGAGCGACAUUCUGGCUGUUCUACUGUAUUGUCUACAGAAUCUGAACAACGGAUUUCUUCCUGCGAAUGUUGAACGGAGCAUGUAGCGCUACGAUUGUUGGCGCUACUAAGUACUCCGUACGUGGAAUCAGAUGGAAUUCGACCUUUUUAGGUUUUCAGGUUUUAUGGGAAUAGAUUGUGUUUGACCGCCCGCCGGAUCCCCUCUCCUGAUCCGAGCGCCAACGUUCUGUCGGAACAACUGAUUUCCCGAGACGCCGGAGUUCUGCAGCUUCCGCGGAGUUGAAUCGGGGCUAUGGGAAAAAGUGCUUUGAGAGUCGCCCAUCAAUAUCAUCCAACAUAUUCCCGUCGAACUGCCUAGAGCUUAUCAAGAUGGUGGUCAAGCUUCGUCUCUCCCGCUUCGGCAACAAGCAUUCGCCUUUUUACAACAUUGUGGUCGCGCAGGCACGAUCUGCUCGCGACUCGAAGCCUCUCGAAGUCAUCGGAACCUAUAACCCUAUCCCUCAGCGCCCGACCAACUUGACGGACGAGGAAGCCAGAACGGCCAAGGCGUACAAAGAAAUUGCUCUCGAUAGGUCAAGAGCGAAGUACUGGCUCGGUGUUGGUGCACAGCCUAGUGAGCCUGUCUGGCGGUUAUUGAGCAUGAUCGGACUCGUCGAACCGAGACUUGAGCAAAAGGCACAGAAGAACUAGAUGGAUGGAUGAUAUCUGCGAAGGAUUGACACACUAUCGAUUGGGUUAUGAGCGUUUCAUACGUGUUCUUGCAAAUGAAUGCGACCGCCUAAGUGCAAAGUUUGAGAGCCGCUUUGCUUCGGGCUAUACACACCGGCAAAUCCGGAAACAGGAU